AUGAAAAGUAUAGAAGGGAAAGAACCAUUGGCCCCUAUUGUAGCCGGAACCUCCUCAAGCGGUCCAAACCCCAUUUCACCAAGCAUUCUUAAGCCAGAUAUAACAGCCCCGGAAGUAGACAUAUUAGCUGCAUAUUCUCUAUUGGCCCCAGUUUCUGUGUUCAUAGGAGACACUAGAAGAGCGCCCUUCAAUAUAAUAUCAAGGACUUCCAUGGCUUGUCCCCAUGUUAGCGGAGUUGCGGCCUGCGUCAAAUCCAUUCAUCCAGAUUGGUCUCCUGCUGCUAUUCAGUCAGCUAUUAUAACAUCUGCACAUCCGAUGAGUUCACAAGCCAACCUUGAUGGUGAAUUUGCCUAUGGAGCCGGUUUUCUCAAUCCUCUUGGUGCAGCACACCCCGGUCUAGUCUACGACGCAAGUGAGAUCGAUUAUGUUAAGUUUCUCUGUGCCGAAGGUUAUAGUGUCAAGCAACUAAGACAAAUCACCAAGGAUCAAAGUGGAUGUUCCAAAUCCUCCAGAAAAAAUGGCAGUGACCUAAACUAUCCAUCUUUCACCAUCUCCUCCUUGCGACAGAAGGCAUUUAUCCACGUCUUUGAAAGCACUGUCACCAAUGUUGGGUCACCGUGUUCCACUUAUAAAGCCACCAUUCAAACCCCAAAGUCUGCACAACUUAAAAUUCUUGUUGAACCAGAGACAUUGAAAUUUAAGUCAAUUAGGGAGAAGUUAACUUUUCAAUUGUUGGUCGUGGGAAUCGUGGGCCAGAAUGAUGAAGCCCUUCUUUCUGCCUCUCUAGUAUGGGAUGAUGGUAUGCACCGAGUUAGGAGCCCCAUUGUGAUUCACGUGCCAUUCUGA